GGGAGGCGGUGGCGGCGGCCGGGCCGGGCCAUGGGGAAGGAGCAGGAGCUGCUGGAGGCCGCCCGUACCGGGAACCUGCCUGCCGUAGAGAAACUGCUGUCGGGAAAACGCCUCAGCUCCGGUUUCGGUUCCGGGGGAAGCGGAGGAGGUGGUGGUGGAGGUUCCGGGGGUGGUGGAGGCGGUGGAAGCGGCGGUGGAGGAGGAGGAGGAGGAGGUGGAGGUGGUGGUGUGGGGCACCCGCUGUCCAGUCUGCUGAGCAUCUGGAGAGGGCCAAAUGUGAACUGCGUUGACAGUACUGGAUACACUCCACUGCACCAUGCUGCUUUGAAUGGUCAUAAGGAUGUGGUGGAAGUCCUCUUGAGGAACGACGCGCUCACCAACGUGGCAGACUGUAAGGGCUGCUACCCCCUGCACCUGGCAGCUUGGAAAGGAGAUGCAGACAUAGUGAAGCUCCUCAUCCACCAGGGACCUUCGCAUACUAAAGUGAAUGAGCAGAAUGCUCUUGAGAUCAAAGAACUCAAAAAGUACGGCCCCUUUGACCCAUAUAUCAAUGCCAAGAACAAUGACAACGAGACAGCGCUGCACUGCGCCGCACAGUACGGCCACACCGAGGUGGUGAAGGUCCUCCUGGAGGAGCUCACCGACCCCACCAUGCGUAACAACAAGUUUGAGACCCCCCUGGACCUGGCCGCUCUCUACGGGAGGCUGGAGGUUGUGAAGAUGCUGCUGAACGCUCACCCCAAUCUUUUAAGCUGCAACACAAAGAAACACACUCCCCUGCACUUGGCGGCGAGGAACGGUCACAAAGCCGUAGUCCACGUCCUCCUGGAUGCUGGCAUGGAUAGCAACUACCAGACUGAAAAAGGCAGUGCUUUGCACGAAGCUGCUUUGUUUGGCAAGACAGAUGUGGUACAAAUAUUGCUGGCUGCAGGUAUUGAUGUGAACAUAAAGGAUAACAGAGGCCUGACGGCUCUGGAUAUCGUGAGGGAGCUUCCUUCUCAGAAAAGUCAACACAUAGCAGCUCUCAUUGAAGAUUACACGACUGGGAAGAAAAGUGCCAAAGCUGCAGACAAGACAGCGCAGGCACCGCCUGCUCCAAGCACCGACCCUGCGUGCUGGAUCCCUCAGGGUGAUGUGGAGAAAGCAGUGACAGAGCUGAUCAUAGACUUUGAUGUGAACCCAGAAGAGGAAAGCCCAUAUGAAGCUUUGUACAACGCAACGUCCUGUCACUCCCUGGACAGCCUUGCCAGUGGGAAGUCUUCAGACAGAGAGUCUGUGAAUAAGGAAGUGGAAGCAGCUGGCCUUAAAGCAGCAGGAGUCAGGCCUAGAGAGCGUCCACCCCCCCCUGCUAAACCACCGCCUGAUGAAGAAGAGGAGCAGCACACGGAGAAGAUGGGCCAUGGUGCUUCCUGUGAGGCCACUGUUGCACGAGGAAAGAGCAGAGGAAGUGGAGCUGAGGAAGAGGAGCACCCUUAUGAGCUGUUGCUUACAGCGGAGACUAAAAAGCCAGUGGCGGUGGAUAGAAAAACAAAAGACCACAGGAGGAGCAGCGGUGGCCGCAGCCAGGACUCUGCAGACACCCAGGACAUCCAGGUUCCGGAGCAGUUCUCGGGGCUGCUUCACGGUUCUUCCCCCAUCUGUGAAAUAAGCGAGGACCCUUUCAGGCUCGUUCCCUCCGCGGAGAAAGGAGGCGUGGAAGCAGCGAGCCACCCACCUGCUAUGCAGCUAGAGGAUGCUGAUUUACCUGCCCCUGCAUCAGCACCGACCGGCUCUCCAGAACAAAACCAGAAAGCAAUCUACGCAACCGUCCAACACGCUCACGUCAACCGGGCGGAUCCUGAAACUGUAGGCACGCCCCACGUGCUCCAGCACCCCGGCGCUGCCGAGGACGAGGGGGACAGAGGUGGUGCUGUGGGCAGAACCCACCCGGGGAGCAAACCCAAAGCCGAGCUCAAGCUCAGCCGCAGCUUGUCCAAAUCAGACUCCGACCUCCUGACCUGCUCCCCAACGGAGGACGAUGCCAUGGGGAGCCGGAGCGAAUCGCUCUCCAACUGCAGCACUGGGAAGAAGAGGUUGGAGAAGUCGCCGUCCUUUGCUUCGGAGUGGGAUGAGAUUGAGAAAAUCAUGAGCUCCAUUGGCGAAGGCAUCGACUUCUCCCAGGAGCAGCAGAGGAUCUCAGGUUCUCGGAUGCUGGAGCAGAGCGUGGGGGAGUGGCUGGAGUCCAUCGGCCUGCAGCAGUACGAGAGUAAGCUGCUUUUGAACGGCUUUGAUGAUGUCCGUUUCCUGGGCUGUAAUGUCAUGGAGGACCAGGACCUUCGGGACAUUGGAAUCGGAGACCCGCAGCACCGCCGGAAGCUCCUGCAGGCAGCUCGCUCCCUGCCAAAGCUGAAGCCCCUGGGCUGUGAUGGGAACAGCCAGCCGUCCGUCCCUGCCUGGCUCGACUCCUUGGGGCUGCAGGAUUACAUCCAGUCCUUCCUCUCGAGCGGCUACAGCUCUAUUGACACUGUGAAAAACCUCUGGGAGCUUGAAAUAGUCAAUGUGCUGAAGGUGAACCUGUUGGGCCAUCGGAAGAGGAUCAUCGCCUCGCUGGCUGACCGGCCCUAUGAGGAACCCCCAGCAAAGCCACCACGCUUCUCACAGCUGAGAUGCCAGGACUUGAUGUCCCAGACGUCGUCACCUCUGAGCCAGAACGACUCCUGCACAGGCAGAUCUGCUGAUCUCCUGCUGCCCUCCGGGGACUCUGGGAAGAGGCAACACGAGCGUGGCAGCGAGCUGGCGACGUACUCCAAAGUUGAGCGCUACAAAGCACAGGAGGAUCGUCGGGAGUCAAAGCUGACCCUGCGCCCCCCCAGCCUGGCUGCCCCCUACGCACCGGUCCAAAACUGGCAGCACCAGCCAGAGAAGCUCAUCUUUGAGUCCUGCGGGUACGAGGCCAACUACCUGGGCUCCAUGCUGAUCAAGGACCUCCGAGGUACAGAAUCAACGCAGGAUGCCUGUGCCAAGAUGAGGAAAUCCACAGAGCAUAUGAAGAAAAUCCCGACCAUAAUACUGUCCAUCACAUACAAGGGAGUGAAGUUCAUCGAUGCCUCUAACAAGAAUGUCAUUGCUGAGCAUGAGAUCCGUAACAUCUCCUGUGCUGCCCAGGACCCUGAGGAUCUCUGCACGUUUGCCUACAUCACCAAGGACCUGCAGACCAGCCACCACUACUGCCACGUCUUCAGCACCGUGGAUGUGAACCUGACUUACGAGAUCAUCCUCACCCUGGGGCAGGCGUUCGAGGUCGCCUACCAGCUGGCCCUCCAAGCCCAGAGAGCGAAACCUCUGGGUGCUGCUGCGGGAGAAACGAUCGAAACAAAAUCUUCCAAACCGGUGCCUAAACCACGAGCUGGAGUGAGGAAAUCCGCAGUGCCGCUCCCUCCCGACACCCGCUGUUGUUACUGUCACACCUGUACAACUCACCGCCCCUCCUACCUGCCGCUGCAGUCUGUUAGUCCUGGAGCUAAGCUGGAGCCCCCUGAAAUGGACCAAGAUUCCCAGUCUCAUGCCAGUGUCUCGUGGGUCGUGGACCCCAAACAGGACUCCAAGCGGACCCUCAGCACUAAGUAUGAGACCACUAUCUUCUAAAGCAAACAAACCCUGUGUCCACCUAUAGUCUAACCGUGCCUUUGCGAUCUGAUCUGUCUGCUGUUCUAAACUCCCUCUUCCUCCAGCUGCUCGCACUGAGCCCCGCGUAGGCACUACGUCAAAGGCAGCAGCACUUAAGAGACUGUAGACUUAAACGGCUUUUGUACCUGAUCACUGCUGAACACUGUGAAUUCUCCUUACUCGGAAACAAGGGUAACACGCUGUUAGAUCCCCAUCAGGUGGGAGGUGCAGAGGGGUGCAGGCUGGGGGCAUCCGAGACGCGGAGCCAGGAAGCUGCCCUCCAUUUUCACGUCUUUCCCCUCGCUCUGGCACUGUGACUCCCUGGGGUGACAUGGCACUCCCCCAGGCCUUUUUUUCUAUUUCACCUUCUUAUCCUCGGACUGAUGGAGACCUCUUGUCUCUGCGGUGCACGCACUCCCUCCUUCUAGCUCCUCUACUUCCCGACCGAGCCACGGCUGCACACUGUUCCAGUGAAGUCACCCCUCUCCUUACUGUCACUUGAAUCAACACUAACCACUGUGAUGCUGUCUGCAAAUAACACCUUCACUAGAUUUCCUCACAGGGACCCCGCUCACAGCCUCUCUCCUCGAAGCAUGGAGCAGAACAGCUGCUCUGCUGGGGGCACAGCCUUGGGCUGGGUGCCACUGUUCCCACUGUGAGCUCGGGCCCUUCUUGGGGCCGUGAGUGUCCUGCAGGAGCUGUGUGGCUGUGUGCAUUUCCGUCCCUUUUAGGGCUUACCCCCAUAGUCCUGGUGUUCUUGCUCACCAGACCACUGUGAGCUCUGGGUGCAGUUCUCACUUUGCAGAUUGCGAAGAGGUCAGGCACUGAAAGGCUCAUGCUGCUGGGAAGGAGCCGUGGUUGAGCCGUGCUGUCGGGGUGCAGCAGGCAGAGCUGUGCUGUGCUCUGUGCAUUUCCUGCGGUUUCACAUCUUUGCCAAAGGGAGGGAUGUGAUUGAAAUCAGUCUGCUGCUGACCCAAAGCCUAUUUUUCAGUCUAUAAAACAUUGCACGAUGAGAGCUAUAGGGAUCUUGAAACAUCUGUUGCCUUUCAUCCGUGAGAGCAAGGAUUUUGGUUAGAAAUGGCCAUGUGUCAGCGGGCACCUUGGCCUUCCUGGCUCUUUCCCAAGUGCACAUGUUUUUCUCUGGGAGAACGUCCCCAUUUCUGUGUGUCUUGGUAGAAGCUGCUUUUGGCUCCAGGAUAUGGGCUGGAAAUUGUUUGCAUGGGAUGCAGGGCAUUCAGCACAGUCAGAGUGGAGCUGGGCAGCCCACAUAGCUGCCCACACAGACUGUCGUGGGUCUGUCUCCAUUUCCUUCUCUUGCAUUUGCAAAGCUGAGAAAUUAAGCAGAGGAGGAAGAGGAUGGGGAUGGUUCAGUAGCUGCCAGCACUGGAAAGCAGGGCUCCAGCCCAGUACUGCUUCUCCCCAACUUGCUGUGUCCCAACUACUGAGCCUCUCUCUGCCUCAGUUUCCUUAUUUUCAGGAUGGGGACACACAUAGCUACCUCUCAGGGGGUGAGGCUCUCUCUAUCCCCACAGCUGCUUGAGGGCCCUUUAGUGAAAAGCAUUGCAACUUCCACACAGUGGCAGCAAACCCACUGUGCUCCGCUUUGCUCUCCAGCAGAGUAUGGAGCUCUCAGACCCGGAGCAAUGCUCACAUCCCAGCUCCUUGUGGGCAGCGGCUGCCAAACCUUUCCCAGGGAGGGGCUGAGCAGAUGGGGCAGCUGAAGGUGAGCUGUAGCUCACUGUGUGCCUCAGUGCGGGCUUUGCAUCUCUGCCGCAUCCCCCACAGCCCAGGUUUGGUGAGCUGGUGGUGACAGUGAGUGUGUUAGAAGGUAAGGGGACGGCACUUCUCACUCAGCUGUGUGGCACAUCUGCGUGGGCAUGGUGUGUGUGUGUGGACAUGGUGCACUCAGGGCUCUGGUGAUGCUCUGCUUGCAAAAUAGUUUUUUAGAUUUCACCCCAAAUCUCUCUUUGUGAUCACCAUCAGAAAUAAACGGUCAGAUCAGCAACCCUGAGUUGCUGACACCUGUUACGUGGGCAUGUUUGUUCUCAUUCCUCAGUUCCACUGAGGCCUUUGGGCUUCUGUUCCCCAGCCCUGUGGUGAAAUCAGAUGUUUCAACAUCUUUAUUGAGCUCUUCCUCAGGAAUGGGUUUGAUCUUUCAAAUCCUUCGUGGCUUAAUGGCAUUGAGUGGCAAACUGACUUCAAAACAAGGGCCAGGCUGGUAGGAAUCCAAAUGAGAGGACUCGAGGGAUUGCCUUAAAGCAAGGGAAGCAAAGCCCAGCCGUGUACGUGCAAUUCACGUGUCAGGAAGCCCUUAACACAGAGCCAGUGGUCACACUGCCCUGCCCAGAACGCUGCAGUGUCUGCGGAGCUCCGGGGUUUGGGUUGGAUGCUCAGUGCCUUUCCAAGCCGUAAGAGUGCCCUGAGGCAUUUAUAUCCUUUGGAGAGAAGCUGAGUUCGUGAUAGCAAUGGUAGUUUGGAUUUACCGUGCAGCUGCCCACACGUGUGCCUGCUCCUCGAGGGUCUGAGCUCUGCACUCCCCCUGCUUGCAGCUGGGAUCUGUCGGUUCCUCCUGACGCCGGCUCACUGGUGCACGUGCCUUCCUGAGGGUGACCCUACCCCGGCCGGGGUGGCAGGCAGCCCUGCCUAACUGCAAAGCUUCCUCUGCGUCCAUAACCUCACGGUUGUCUCAUCUCCUGGCUGCACGCCUCGUCUUUCCCGGCACUUGUGUUUGUAUGACUCGGAAAUCAUUCAUUCCAUUGUCUUCCUUUCUGUUUGCCUCUGAAAAGCUGAGCUCCGGGCAGCUGUCUCCUACCACGGAAAUGUAGUAACGGGGCAGAGACCUAAGAAGCAGUGGCCUGCUGACACGAAGACCGUCUCCAUCUGGCACUGGUGUCUGCCUGUGAGGGUGUGCAUGGCUGCUCAGUGAGGGCUCCCAAAGCAGAGGGGGAAAGGGAUCCCAGCCACCAGCUGAGAAAAGCAGCUCUCCAUUUCUAGCAAAGGAAAGUUGAGACUUCCGAGGCCGAGCGAUGUCACGUUUUCUAGUCUGAGACAAACUGCUUUCAGCCCGUUUCUUUCACACGUGAAAUGAUACAGAGCAAAUCCAGUUCACAGUCUAAAUGUAGCACUGCAGUGGUUUUUUGGUUUUUUUUGUGUGUGGUUUUUUUUUUUGGUGAGGGGAAAAAAAAGAAAUGAUUCACUGAGAAUCUGCACAGUCCAGCAAGGAGUACAAUGGAAAGUCUUACCGGUGGGAUGGUGUGUGCAUCUCUUAUGGUACUUAAAUCUGCUUCAAUUCUGGGUGAACAGUAGAGAAACGCCAAAUUCUUGGAAAUAACUUCCUCCAGUGUGAGAAGCCUUGCAGGGUAAGUCUGCAUCCUUUCUUUUCAAAGCCACUCCAUGCUUUUAUAGCCAAUGGAAAUCACUUAAGGAAAAGUCUGCGAAGGAUCUCUCACCUCAGAGUGGCUGUGGCCAAGCGUUUACUGAUGGUACAAAGCUUGCUUCCCUACGGAGAACUGUUGCAUUGCAAUACUUGACAUUUCUAUGGCAAGGACACAACUUCUUCCCAUUUACGCACUGAAUACCUGGAGAGGAGUCCCUUCUCCAGCCUCUUGUGCACCUGUCUUGUUUUUUAAAUGCAGUUAUGCCCUGACGGGUUGGGUGUUGUUUUUAAUUUUUAAGCUUAUUCAAUUGUGAUUUAGCACUUUUUUUUUAAUACUAGCUCAUUAUUUAAUAAGUGCAACGAUUUUGGAAGACGAACAAAAGAGGAGUUACAUUUUGGGCAUUCCGCUGGCACAGUCCAUAGCCGAGGAUGCAUCAUAAGUCCUAUCGACCCACGGAUGGCCUGGCCCCAGCAGCCCCAAACGCUGCCAUCUCAGAGGUGUGCUGUCUGCUCGCUUGCUCUUUGGAUCACAGCAGGGUUUACCAGCAGUUUUGGCUGCGGCCGAUGUGUUUUCACAGCACCGUUCCCCUGGAGGGAAGGCUGUUAGGAGAGUUGUGAUUUUUAAUUCUUCCAAUGCAAAAACCGUAGCGCAGCAGCUUGGUACAAUCUCCGCAGGGCUGCAGUGGCUGGGGAUGUGCUGCCCUGCUGCUUUGCCAGGACAAGAUGCCCUAACGAUGCCUGUUUAACUCCGGUUGCUGCUGUAUGUCAGGAUUCAGUCUCCCUAGCUGGUAGGACUAGGAGAGAAGUGAGCCGUAAUCCCGAGGGCACAGGGCUGUACAUGAUGAGGAGGGGGAAGCGGAGAUUAUUUUUCUUUUUUACAUGGAUGAAUUUAGAGAACCUAACAUUCCUUGUUAUGCGUAUGUUGCAAUUCAUACUGGUGUAAGUGUAAAUAUUUGGUGUGUUGGCAACAAGUCUUUUUGGAGAGAUUGCAAAUUGAACCUCUGCUUGGGAGGAGGGACACCCUUCUGUUCUGACACAUACAUGAGCUUUGCGAAGGUUGGCUUGGAGGUGAAGUGGUGAUGAAGACUCCAAUCUUCAGGGGGCUGGACGUUGUGACCCUGGUGGUUCUUUCCAGUCCUGUGUGUAAUUCCAUGGUUGUCUUUAGUGAUCCAGCAGUUCUUUAGCCAGAUACUCUUUCUCACUUCAUAGAAGCAGUUGUUCUGGCAGUGCAUCUUCCCCUUUCAUUUCAGUGGGGUUUUUUUGAGGUACUUGCAUGCUGGAGGCUGAUCCUGGGUCACCGACUCCGAGUGCUUUGUUAUCCCAUCCAUGACGCAGUGUUUUGGCUUUUCCUCCCCACAGGGUUUCACGGUAUCUGGAGGAAAGUGCUCUGCAUUUCUGGUGCUGGUUAGAAUCUAAAUGCACUCACUGCCUGCCUGGGACAGGCGGUGCAGCCCUGGGUUUUGUGUUUUACAGACUUCCAGUUGGACACAGCAUGAGUCCAGGCUGAGAACUCAAGGUAGAUCAACUGUGUUUGUCUUUUUUUUUUUUUUCAGUAGAGGAGGGGAUGAGUUUUUAUUUUCUAAAUUGAAGCUGCUUUAUCCUUUUUAAUUUUGUAUUUACAAAAAAAAAAAAAAAAGAAAAAAAAAAAAGAAAAAGAAAGGAGAACAAAAAAGAAGAAGCUAAUUGUAGCUGUUUGAACUUGCUUUGGGAUUUUUCUUUUUAGGAGAAAAAACUGAUGCAGUUUUGGUGGGGUAUGUGCCUGUUGCCUGUUUCCCUCCUGGGGAGAAGGCAGGACACCGUACAGGACUUGCCUCCAAUGAAAUGUGAGGUACCAUCACAGGGCUGCUGUGAGACACAGACCAGAUGCCAAAUAGUACUUCCAAACAACUGCUCUGUGUGCAGCUGAUGUGGGUUUAAUUGCUUUAAUGCUCCUUCCACCCCACUUCAGAAGCUUCUAGCAGCAGAACUUCCUCCGGCUUUCUUCUGCUUGCAUCAUUUCCAUGCAAUCAGAUCUUUAUUUUAGAGUGAGCACAGAGUUUGCGACGCUGUCUUGUUGCAAAAAGUCUCCCUUUUAGGUCUCAUAUUGGCAUUACCUACUGCAUUUUAAUUUAAUUUAAUUUUUUCUUUUUCAAAAGGAAGUACAUGUGCUGCUCCUACCAAGUAGAUCUAGCUCAAACACUUUUCUUACCCGUGGAAGAAUAACCUGAGAUUCCCUAACAGGGCAGAGACCAGUCGAGUUCAGUUUGCAAUGUAGACAUUUUUGCUAAUUGUGAUGUAUGACAGUGGGACUGAUUUGUAAUACAAAUGUUAUUUAAUCUGUCUGUAUUUUGAUACUUGAAUUUCCUUUUAUUUCCUGUAUAUACAAUUGUUAAUCUGUUCGAAUUUGUCUGAAUUUUAAACAUCUUGUGGUACCAAACGUAACCAAUCUGUGCAACAACAUAGACUGACCUCACUACAACAAGGCGAGAUUGUAAAUAUUCCUGGGCUUCCAGCAGUCGUUUUGUUGUUUUCAUAAUUGUACAACUUAGAACAGACUGAAUUAAUAAACAAACUUAGACACA